UCCUGGGUCAGACUCUGAUUUCAUUUUUGCUUAUGCUAGAUAAUAUCAUUGCUACAGUGAACUGAAAUCAGGGUCUGCUAAUCUUCACUUUGGGUUGCCCAUUGGUAAUCCAUGUGUUUUCUGUUACUUUUGUUGGAGCAGACCCACCCUCUCCCUUUAGACUGCAGUUAUUUAUUUGGCCUAUUUUUUGUCUGCUGGUCAUUUGAAACUAUACCUCUUGCCUAUCAGCAACAGUUGUUUUGCUAAGUGACUACCUAAAAUGAGAGUUCCUUUUGCAAAUGUGUAUUUUAGACACUGCCACCAGAAAUUCAGUGGUUCCCUUCCCUCCCUGCCCCUCCCAUCCCCUUCAGCUGUUUCAAUUUCAGGACACAUGGCUUAAAUAAGCGUAUGCACAGAGUUUGCAAAUGGCUUGGAUGUCAGGGGAAAUUGGAUCACACAAUGAAAGAUCAGAACCCAGCCAUCAAUUCGUACAACAGGACUUUGCAGCUUCCUUGUGUUCAUUGUUGUCUCAGCAUAACAUCUAGUGAAGAGCAUUUCUCACGUGCCCUCCCUUAAAAAUGGUAAUGCAACUGAAAUGAGCAGGUGGAGGAAUGUCACCAUUUGGCUGAUUGUCAGCCUUUGCUUUCUGUGGUACCCCCCAAGGGCUGUGGGUAUCGGGGUGGAGAAGGGCCUGCACACCUUGUUGUGCCUUCUUGCUUACGUUGGAGAAUCUCCAGCUUAUCCUGCCAGUGCAGUGACUGCAUGUGGAGGAGGGGGAGAGGUUGUGUUGCAACCUCUGAGAAAAUUAGUUGUCUCUAUUUUAUCUUUUGCAGCUGCAGCACUUUUUUUUCCCCCUCAUCACCCCCUUCUCCACCCCCUGUGCAAGUAGUAUGGUAUGUCUGAACCAUAUCCUUCAAAACCAGUUUUCUAAGCAGAUUAGAUGGGUAGCAGAGACAGCUAUGCAAUCAGGCAAAAAUGUGCACUCAAGCCUUCAUUUUGUGCAGUGGCUGGAGCAGUGUCUACCACCUGGAUUUUUUUCUUCAUUCUCUCCCUCUCCUGUUAUUGCACAGUGCUGUGUUAUGUUGCUGUUGUAGUAUUUGAAGUAUGUUGCUUAAAAAUAAAAUGCUCAUUCUGGUUUAUUAAAUAUAUCAAAAAUAGAGAGGGGAAUGAAAUUGGUCUCUGUGGUAAUGUUCAUUAACAUGAAAUCAAAGCAUACUCCCUGGCUUCGCCAUGCAAAGUGAUAUUUUCUCCAACUAGCUGUGCUCAGGGGUAAUCUGGGGAUUAUCUCAGGCCUUCCAACACCAGGCCUCCUCUGGCUGCUCUGGAAAACCAGCGGCUAAGUUUACUGCUCUCUGAGUUCAGUAUGCUCUUGUGGACUGCAACUGUGAGUGAAUUUGGUCUCUUGCUACCUCAUAUCUCUCAGUGCUCCCUACUAGUCUUGUUGCACGCUAGGAAUCUGACAAUAAUGGUCUUCACCUGCUUUGAGAUAUCAUGAAAACUGUUAAGCAUUGGUGUUAGUUUCACGUCUGGUCUCUUGUAGGACAACGAGCUGAAUUUAGGGCUAAGCUCUUCGCGCAAGUUUGGAAAUCUCAGAGCUCCUUCAGUGUGGGUGGAAAAUUGGGAUAGGUUAGUAUACUCAGUGGCAGAUCUGAGGAAAAGAGAGUUGAGUAAUCUUUGGCUUUCUUCCAGGAGAGGAAACGAAGCAAAGUGUUCCAGAAGCCAUUUGUAGCUUCUUUGGAGGACAAAAAAGAGCCCUGAGCAAAAUGAUCCAGAAAUGUUUUUCACCUGUGUCCUGAGAAACAUGGUGCUUAAGAGGAAGGAGAGACUCCACUGAUUAAACUAGAAAAGAGAAAGCUGGGAUUGAACUUUGGGAGGAGAAGAAAGAAGAGAAAAUGAACCCUUUAUUUCCCACAUAACUCACAGGAAGGGAGGAAGAACAGAAACACACACUAAAGUGUGUGGUACAAAAGAAUACCAGAAGCCCAGACAAAUGAGGUUAUACUUGAAGUCUUGAUAGGAAAAUGAGCUUUAACGUGUUGUCAUAAUGCAUUUGUUUACCUUCUGCUGAUUUCCCAAAAGAACUACUUUCAGAAGUUGUGAAAAUUUCAAGAUUGGAUCUUACUGGCAUAAAGGGGGGAGAAAAAGUGAGUGGAAAGCUAAUUGGAUGUAUCAACCACAGAAGUGAUGAGAUAUGACCAUAAAGAACUCUGGUUUUAAAACACAAGUAAAGCACGACAGACACUUUUCAUGCUGGAGUCCAGCUUCUUUGGUUGCACAGCUAUCCCUAUUACAGGGGCAACUUUUAGCGAGUUCCCACCACAGCCACGCACCAUCUAUUUGAAUCUUUCAGAGAAAAGGUUAUUCCCCUUUUAUUAGGUGUGACAGAUUAAUGUCUUUUAGGGCAGAUCACUGUUGGGCUAAAUCUUUAUUUGGUUAUGAUUCCAUUUAACUGUAAAGCAGUCAGAAGGUUAUGUGUUUUAGAAAGAAGUUUCUUGCAGUUUCCAACACUGAAGCUACCGGCGAAGUGCUUCUCUUUUCUCAAAAAGUAAAUCAAAGCCACAGAAGCACAUGCACUCAGCCUUCUCACAGGUACACCUACCUAAAGUAAAAACACGUUACAAGACAAUCGCUAUAGAUUCUGCAGCAAAACUGCUAAAUUAACUUCCUGUGAAUGCACACUUCACCUCACAGUGAAUCCUUCCCCUUUGUUUGGUGCAUGAGUGGGUGGCACUCCAAACAUCUGGGGCAGAAUUCAAAGCCUUCAGCUCCAUCAGCACUUGUUUCUGCCUAACUGGUGUAAGAACCAUGCCCACUCCUCAGCUAGAAGCAGCAAGAUUCAGACAUCUGUUGCAAAACCUCUACUUCAAUCCUUGUUUGAGCUAGACAUUACACUUGGUUGAUGAACUCCACCCUGCGGUUCUUGGGUCAUUGCAGGAGCUGUGUAUGAGGCAGAGGGGUGCUGAUAUUGCUGUAAUUUGAUUUGAGUUUUCCUUUGGAGUGGCUUUUUCGGGGGGGGGGGGGGGUGGGAAACAGUUUCCUUGAAAUAGCAGGUGUUUUUUUCAUAGAAAAAUCUAAUUCUAGACUUCUAUUCAUCUGUGGAAUUAAUAAACAUGCUCUUUAAAAGAAAUAUUACACUACUGGGUCUUCGCUAACUGAAUGGGAAUACCUCCUUAUUCUGCUUUUCUUUAGCAAGUCUAAAAGGUUUGACUCAGAAUCUGUUCAAAAACUUGUGCUGUAUUCAUAGCAGUGCACAGCUGCUCAGAGAGCAGUGGUCUGACAGACCCAUCCUCUUCUGGACUCCAAGCCUUUGCCUUCCCACAUGCCACUAUGGCUGUCUCUGGAACCAUGGGGCACCUCUGUGCUAUGGCAAUUGCCUUCCAUGGAGACUGAGCCGGAGGUGCAAGCAGGGUUAUCAGGCUGUCAAACUGCAAUGACAGUGAGGCUGUGCACAACGGUGGGAAUAAAAACAGUUCAAGCAUACUGACUCAGAAUAAAAUUUCUUGGGUCAGGCCACCAAACCAAAAUGAGCCAAUGCUGGUUUCAGUGAAGUUAAAAUAUUCCAUUUCAAAUGGAGACAAAUGCACUGAAGUUCAUGAGUUCAUGAAUAGGUUUCUCCUUUUUUUUUUUUUUUAAACUUGUGAAGUUCAAUCUAUAAUGAGUCUCUAAUUUCAGUUUUUCUCCCUGAUUUGGGAUGAGAGCAAAUGCUGAAAUACCAGACUGAAUUUUUUCCUGCCCAGGGAGAAGGCAGCUGAUGCGUAUGAGCACCUAUUUUCAGGGUUAGUACAGCUGACUCUGAAGAUUUGCACAUUGGAGCGGAGAAGGUAAUGGUGAGCAGAUAGAUGAUGGGGCGGGGGAGUGGGCAGACAGCAGGAGAUGGGAAUGAGAAGCUGCGACAUGGGCUAUAACAGAAGAGAAAGGAGAGAGCAAAAGUUUCUGCUUAGCUGCCUGGGCUGUAGGAACUUCUGCAUUGCUCUGGCGUUUCACUAUUGGCCAGUGCCCAGAACAGUACCUUCAGUGCUGCUGAGCGACCAGCAGAAACGCAGCCGGUGCCACACUGAGGGUUCCCUGCAGUGAGGAUGAGAGGCAGAGACCCGAGCUCAGCCUGGCAACCAUCCUGCAGUGCCAUGCAGUUUCAAUUCUGCUUUACGAAGCAGCCAAGCCCUUCCACACUGAUAGAGCUGCGGGGCAGCAGGACCGGACUGUGAGUGCGCUGCUUGGGGCACCACAGCCCUUGCAAGCUAGAUAGUCUUUCUGCUACUAAAUCUUUUUUUGCAAAUGGAACAGAAUACUCAUCUCUGGUAUGCCUGAGAAGAAGCACUGGUUCCUAUUCCUAACACACUGCAGUGUUUAUUAUGCUGAUGAUUUUAUUAUUUGACAAGAUUCUUAACUUUUUUUUUUAAGUAUGCCAAAUUGAUAUACUCUGUCCAUCAGCAAUGCCUUUCUGGAAUGAGUAGCUAAUUAUAGAGCAGGACUUGUGAAAAGACGAACCCGUGUUGUGCACAGAACAGGUUUCUCCAGUAUUUACUGCCUAUAUUACUGGUCAAGCUUCCCUGUAAGUAAUAGUCAAAUAAUGGGCCUGGGUCCUGUUGUGAAUGGUUUGAGCCUGUGUGGUCCUUCUUUGUUUGAACAGCCCGUGGUUCCUGAAAGCUCAUGCAUGCACUGUUCUGAGCAGCAGAGCCCGGUGGUACCAGCUGCUUCUGACUAAAACAAACAUUCGCACGUGACAUUUAAAAAAAAAAAAUCCAAUUUCAAAAAUGUAUUUGGUUUCCCUUAUUCCCUCAUUUUUCAGCCCUUUUUAUAUCAUUGGAAACAUUUAGAAAAUUCAGCUUUUAUUAACAAGCUUUUUUUUUUUUUUUUAAAAAAAGUAAAGCUUGAAGAGCAAAGAGAAAUCUUUCCUUCAGAAAUAAAGAAGCAGCCAGUGUUUGGAAAUACUUUAACAAUAGACCAUAUGGGAGUCCCAAACUAUUAAGCUUCAUUAUUCAGAAGGCAGAAAAUGUGGUUUGAUAUUCAACUGAUAUACAGCACAAACGAGAGCCACAAACUCGGCUCCCUUGAGCUGGGAUUCAGAUGUUCUCCUGAAUAUAAUAACUAACACUUUGGCCUAGUUCCAUAGAAUGCAUCCAGCCUGCUGGUCACAAGCCAAGAAACUGUAGGCUCUUUUUUUUUUUUUUGUCUUCCCCUCUCUUCUCCGAAGUACUUUCCUGCCAGCAUGAGCUUUUGACCUGAUUAUAAAUUUCCUGAUAUUAGAUGCAUAUAGAAAAUGGGAGGGUGCUAGUAGUGCACAGCAGUGGAGCUGUGUGUGCGUGUAUGUGCAUUUGGUUUUCCUCAGCUUUAACAAUAAAAAUGUUUUCUCUCUGAGAUGUGCUGCUGGUCAUAGGUGGGAACUUCUUUGUUCCUGUUUCACUGUUUCUUAUAGCUUCAGGAGCAGGUGAACAUCUUAUGGAGUUACUGUGAAAUGAUGCCAGAGACCAUAAGAGUGAAGAAUUUGUUGGAUAGAGAGACUGGAAGUGAUUUCAGUUGUUUCAUUGUUAUUGUUUUUCCUGAUCUGUCUUGUGUAUAUUUAUAAUUGUCCUUUUCCCUUUCUUUCACUUCUUUUCACUACUUUUUCACCUAUGGAGAAAAGAACCCAUAAAAGUUGCUUAUAAAACACUAUGUACGUGAACUAAGAUUGCAUGUCUGCAAGGACAGGGAGAAAGUUACCCAGAUACCAUGACCAAGCAUUGCAGGCUGGAUCACCUGUUAGGUUUUGACAAAGGAUCCCUGAUUCCCAGUGCAUGGGAUGGAGCAGCUUUGUCAGUGUGAACAUAGGAGGAAGCUAUUCUGUACUGAAUCAGCAUGGGAUAGAGUGCCUAGAAGAUGUUCAGACCAAGCACAGCUAGCGCGCCUGGUUCUCCAUUCUGCAUCCGUGCAGCCACGUUCUAUUGAUGGCCUGUUGUGAUUUCAAUGGAACAUCAUGGGAUGUACCUGGCACGUCGGGCAGCACUGGAUGGAGGUGCCUUUAGCCCAAUGUACCUGGCAUGGUGGUAAAGUGAAGGUGAAAGGAAGAGAAGGUGGAGAUGGAACUGCCAAAUCAUGCCAAACAACUGCUACUGCAGCUGAACCAGCAACGAGCCAAAGGUUUCCUCUGUGAUGUGAUCAUUGUGGUAGAAAAUGCCCUGUUUCGUGCCCAUAAGAACAUCUUGGCAGCCAGCAGUAUGUAUUUCAAAUCCCUUGUCCUGCAUGACAACCUGAUUAACUUAGACACGGACAUGGUGAACCCCACCGUGUUCCGUCAGAUCUUGGACUUUAUUUAUACUGGUAAGCUCUUAACGACUGACCAGCCCGGUGAACAGAACUUCAGUGCUCUCCUCACCGCAGCAAGCUACCUCCAACUGCACGACCUGGCAGCUCUCUGCAGAAAGAAGCUAAAGCGAAACAGCAAGUCCUUCUCUGGCAAGGCCAGUGGCCUUGGUGUUGGGAGAUCUGCCAGGACUCAGAGACUUUCCGCUGCUUCUGUCAUUCAAGCUCGCUAUUCAGGGUCAAAUGAGGGGUUGAAGGGCUCCCAUACAAAGGAGCUGUCAAAGGGAAAGCUCUCUGAUGAUGAGGUCUUUAUCAGCAGCUCCAAUCAAGAGAACUGUCACUCCUUAAGCAGGGGAGCCAGUAAGAAUUGUGGUGGGGGUGGUAGUGCAAAUGGGAGCACUGGUGAUCAGGAGCUCGGCCUCGAUUUGUCCAAAAAGAGUCCAUCACUCCCAGUUGCAGCCUCUCACGAUGACACGCAGCACAGCGAAAGCCAGCAUGGCUCUCCUCAAUCUGCCUCAGCCCCUGCAGCCAACAGUGCCUCAUCAUUUGACGAGUCUGGAGUUGGAGCCCCUCACAGCAUAGCGGACAGCAGUGACCCCAUGGAGAUGGAUCUGAGCGAGGAGUGCCACCACUCACUGACAGAGAGCAGCCAGCGCAAGGGCCUCCGGCAUUCGUCCCGUAAGAAGGAGUGGAUCAAGAAAGAUAAUGCCUUUGACCGAAAGGAUGGAGGCAAAGACAGGGAUGAAGGCGAAGGGCUGCCCAAUGGGAUCUUGCUGGGGCCCUUGUCCAAGUCUGUGGAGCGGAGCCUGGCUGGGGCUUAUGGUGCAGACCUGCCCUACUCGUGUAAGGAGGAGGUAGAAAAUGGCAAGGAGAACAGUGAUGACAGCGGCCAGAGUGAGAGCGAGAGUGGUGGGCAUACCAGUGCCAACUACGUCUACCGACAGGAGGGAUUUGAGCCAGUGGCGUAUGGUGACAACCUGUAUGUCUGCAUUCCCUGUGGCAAAGGCUUCCCCAGCUCUGAGCAGCUGAAUGCCCAUGUGGAGACACACACUGAGGAAGACCUUUACAUCAAGGAGGAAGGCACAUAUGGCGGCAAGGAUGAAGCCGAGGAUUUGUCCAACCCCAACCAGUCCUAUUCUGCAGAGUCCCGGCCCUUCAAGUGCUCUGUGUGUGAGAAGAGCUACAAGGAUCCAGCGACACUGCGACAGCAUGAGAAGACUCACUGGCUGACGCGGCCUUUCCCUUGCAACAUCUGCGGCAAGAUGUUCACACAGCGGGGCACCAUGACACGGCACAUGCGCAGCCACCUGGGGCUCAAGCCCUUUGCUUGCGAGGAAUGCGGGAUGCGCUUUACCCGACAGUACCGACUGACAGAGCAUAUGCGUGUCCACUCAGGAGAAAAACCCUACGAAUGUCAACUGUGUGGUGGGAAAUUCACCCAGCAGCGCAAUCUGAUCAGCCACCUGCGAAUGCAUACCUCUCCCACAUAAGCCAAAGACUCCAGAAUGAGCUUCGAGCCCAUCCGCAGUGAUUUACCUUUCUGUAAGACUUGCUGCUUAAAAAAAACAAAAACAAGCAAACAAACAAAAAAGGGGGCAACUCCCCAUACUCUGUUCAGUCAUGGGAGGCCUAAACAAAUGUAGCUUUAACAUUUUUUUAAAAGUUGUUAUCCCUUAAAAAAAAAAAAAAAAAAAAAAAAAAGGUCCACAGCCAAGCUGAUGCAUUUAGUCCAACUCUCCCUCAAAAUCUUGGUGAUCUAGCAUGAAAUGUCACUUCUUUCCAUGUGCACUGACUUCACUGUCAUUUUGGGAAUCUGAAGCAAGGAGGAGGACCACAGGGAACUUUCGUUCUCUGCUGGAUCCAGCCUCCCUGCCUCUUUCCUAUGCGAUGCUGUGGCCCUAGUCAUGUUCUCUCUUAAAAUGAAACUCAGUAGGGUAUUUCUUGCCAUUCAAAAGAAAAUAGCAUACAUCUAUGAAAAAACAUUGCAUUGCCCUCACAAACACGGAAACUGUGUCUGUGGACCAUCUUGCAGGGUUGGCAGCCCUUUUGGAUGCUGUGGUAAAGCCAAAGCAGUGAUGGAACCCACCACCCACCCUGCUGGGCUGGCCAUGGUGGAGACAGCCAUCUACCUAGGCAUGCAGUGCCAGGGUGCUUUGCUUAAAGAGCUGGUGAUGCUUUCCUUACCAUCCCUCACUCAUUUGGUUUUAAUCUUUAUCCUUGGCACACGUAACCACAUACCACCUUUUCCCACAAAACAUGCAAACCUCUUCAGCCUUACCCAUGACUGAACCAGGGACUGGAUGCCCUGAGAAUUUUUCAGUGAGCAGGGGGUCGUCUUUACUUUUCUAGUAGUUUCGUAUGAAUAUUCUUUGCUUAGAGGUACUUUUAUUAAAGGAAAAACCAUUGUAACGUUUAUGUGAAUGUUUGAACUGGAAGGUCUGAGGUUAAUUCUAUGGUGGGUGGGUAGGGAGGGGGUUUGAUGUAGGCUGGACUUGGUACAAGUUCCUUAGGUACUUUUUUAUUAUUGUUUAUUUUAUUUUUUUUUGUGUGUGUGUGUGUAUGUUUUUAGCUUUCCUCCCUCACUAAAGAACAAGUCUGUGUGUACAGACUUGUUACCUUUGCUACCUCUUGAAUUCAUGAGAACAAUAAGAUGGUUAGUGAAAGAUUAGGCAUUUUUUUUUUCUCUUAUUGUAAGUAAUUCAAUGUAUAAAGGUAGAAGCUAAAUUAAAUUAAGGGAUUUUUACCACCCUGUCCUUCCAUCAAGUCAGCUAGAGAAAUGUUAAAGCAAAGCUUGGCCAAAGACAAAGCAAAAAAUAUGCUGAGCCAGAAGCUGUGCUGGCUGCUCAGCCUGGCUCGUUCGCAGUCUCUUGGCUGUUUGUAGUCACUUUUAGAUAAAAGAAGAAAACUUCUCUGAGUUUUCUGGGCCCUUUCCAGCUUUGUUUAUUGAAUCUGGAUACUAUGGGGAGAGGAAAAUGCCCCCCUCAUCUUCCACUCCCCCAGCACAUCUGGGUCAGUCUGUAAACACCUGGCAGGACAGAGGGUGAGGGCAUAGCAGUCUAUAAUUUACUAGAAUCCAGAGUGCAAUAAGGUGGAGGAGAGGAGGAAAAAGCAAACCAAAGUGUUUCAUAUCCUCCUUUUUACACAGUUUAACACACGCACACAAAAAGAAAGAAAAAUGAAAAGAAACAAAAUGUUCUUGCAACAUCUGCAUAAGACAUCACAGCCAACAGCUGCUAUUGGUUUAGGAGAAGAGACAGAGAACUCAGCCCACCAAUUCUUGGCCCCCUUGACUUUGUUGGCGUGACCUUGUGGAAAGCUAUGGCUUAUUUCAAGCCUCCUGUGACUGUGGUGGUAAAAAUUCACAGCCAGUAGAAUCAUCCCUUCUGAAUUGAGAAGUUUACACUUGUAUUUUUUCGCUCUCCUUUUUUUUUUCCCACUCAAACCAGUAUAGUCUCUGAAUAGGGUUUACCAAACCUCACAUUUUAUCUUUUUUAAAAAAAUAAACUUUUUUUUUUUAAGUUUUGACCAAAAAAAAGAAAGAAAGAAAGAAAAAGAAAAAAAGUGAGCAUGUUUGUCUGAAACUAAGAAAUAUAAGCUUCUUUUUUUUUUUUUUCUUUUUUUUUUUUUUUGUUAAGAUGGACUAGUCCAAAAGAAGUUUUUGGGUCAGUUGAAUGAACUGAGGAAACUGGAAUCCAGGCUCCAAGCAAUAGACUAACUGAGCUGCGCCUUGGCCUGGUGUCACAUUACAGGGAACACGCUGCCCCUUUCCUGCCCGCUCUGCUGUGCUGUUUGCUCGUGCUAUUGUCUGCCUGCUCUGGCCCCACUGUGACUUGGGGCAUGAGGAGAGCACGGACUUUUCAUUUCUCAUCGUGCUGAGGCACGCUCUUUUCUUCUAGGGGGGCUAGGUGUGUUUUUAGUGUCUUUAGCACUUCCACAUUUGAAUUUAUAUUGAAUUUUUCUUCCCUCAGUUCCCAGCCAACCUCCUCCCUAAGAACAUCCCCAGAAUCAUCUUUGGGGAAAAGAGGGAAGGCCUUGCCAUCUACCUUCUUCUCGAAGUAAGUCCCAGCAGGGCUUAAGGACAGCCAUACAAAAUUAGUUCCAAGGCACUUUCACACUGCCUUCACCUUCCCUCCAGCAGCCUGAAAGCUGAGCUCAAUCUCAUGCUGCCUCUGGCUGCUGCCACAGCAGAGCCUCCUUUUCUGCUGGCUGGCUCGGAACCCACCAAGUCCCGAUUUUGACAAUUAUCUUUAGCUCUCCUAGUGAGAAACGUCGCUGGCAGUAAGCUCUGCCUCUGCAGUAGGUUUUGGGCACCAUUUUCCCCCCUUUGCUCAUAGCCCCACAGUUUGUUGUGGUGAUGGGGUAAGUGGGAGGGCAGCUGUGCAGAGGCCAUAGGAUGCAGCUGUAGCUGGGGCUGCCGAGCCAAGGCAUGGAGCACCCACAGCUCAGGGAAGCACAGUCAGAUCCAAAGUGGGCAACCAACCUGCUCCCCCUCGUUUAAUUCCAUUUUUACAAGCAUGCAUGUGAGUGAUGUAGCUUCUCCUUCCCCUUCUAGGUACCUUCUUCAUUUCUUUCUUAAGCUUUGAGAAUCAUUUUGAAAUUUCAGGACCCAAUGCUUUUUUUUUUUUUUUUUUUUCUUCUUCCCCAGAAUGGCUUUUUUACUUUAUCCCUCUCCCCCAGCACUUAAACAAUACGACUAAAGUCUGUGUACAGCAAGAGUAUUGUACAAAAGGAAAUUUUGUUCUUUUUUCAAGUAGCUGCGUAAAGUUGUGUUCCGUAGAUUGAGUAUAAACAUUUUCCAAAUUGUGACAGUAAUAAUGAAUAACUAAUAAUACUCAAAACUUCAGGGACUGUUUAAGGCCUGCUUGGGGCCUGAACACUCAACUGCAUUUGUACGACAUAGUAUUGUAUCAAACAUUUUUCUGUAUUUUAAUGAGAAAGCAAAACACUAGUUUCAUAUUUAAGAUUUUAAGAGUUUUAGGGUGGGGGGAGGGAGUUGCUUUUUUUUUUUUCAAGAUACACAGAGAGCCUCAAGAGGAAUAAAACAUUAAAGAGAAAAAAAAAAAAGAAAAAGAAAAAAAAAGAAAGAAAAAAAAAAAAGAGGCCUGGCAGCUUAAGCAUAUGCUUUAGUCACUUAGUUCCAGAAUGUUUUCGGAGUAACAGGAAAAAAAAAAAAAGGAUAAAAUAGUGAAAGUUGUAUAAAAAAUAAGCUCAUACCCAAAUUCACAAAACUAUUUUUUAAACCAAAGCACAUUUGAAUGAGUAUGGAACCUCACUUGGCUCAGAAAAGUACUAAUAUAUUUAUCUCAUUGUUUACAUAAACUUUUACAGUUUCAGACCUCAACAGAUCUAGGGGCCAGUCAAAAUUAAUCUUUGUUUUUUCCAUUGGUUUCUCUUCUGAAGGCUAUUGCAGAUUCCCCAAUUCGGGAGGGGGGAACUGCAAGCCAGCCUGCAUUCCAACACUGCUCAGUGAGGGUGGGGAGGGAGAGCAGUCAGAACUAUGGCACGUAGGUUUAGGACUUUUUGUCUCCAGCCCAUGAGGGAUGCUGCUGUGCAAGGCCCAGGCCCUCAUACUGUGCAGGCUCAGCUGCUAAGGCCCACAGCUUGCAGCCAUGGGGAGCAGCCAACUUCUUCCUCAGAGGACCUUGAGUGGGAGGGUGGAGAAGCCCCAGGAGAGCGUACAGGGAUGGAAGAAGUUUUGGGGAUCAGAGAAGAGUGUUGUCAGAAACGAGGGAGCUGCUAUACCCAGCUCAUCUCCCUCGGGCUAGCAAUCACUGAGCUAGGUUUAGCUGCUUUCCUGCCCUUACUGCAAGACCUCCAAAACCAAAUUCCUGGCAAAAAUAAAUGAAAGCCCAGCUCUGUGCAUUUGGGGAAGUUAGCAGGAGCCACAAAGAUCACAGAAAACACCAAAGAGCUAUUGACACGCAGCUUCUGUGAGGCUCUGUGGCUGCUGAUGUGGAAGAAUAUGCACAACUCUGUGCCACGCUCUGCGUCAGCACGGGCUGCGCAGAGGCGGCAUCUCCCUGUGAAAUGCAGUGGUGGCCAGGGAAGCUUUACUGGUCUGGGGUGAGGGCACGAGCGCAGACACGUAGCUCCCUUCUUCUACCCAGAGCUGCCCUGGGGCCUGAGCUAUGCUGUUCUGACUAUCUGAGCCACCUUUUAAUUAAACAGCCGGAGUGAUUCACUCCAUACCUUGCAGUCACGUGCAAAGACACCAACCAAAAACCAUAAGGCUUUCUAGGUGAAACUUAAGAUAGAUUUGCAUGUUAGAAGAGUCUAAUGAUGACCAAUGAAGAUGGUUUGCAAAAAUAUUGCUGAAGCCAAAAAAAAAGAAAGGAUUGUUUUUUAGAAAACCUCUCCAUCAUUAGUCUUGACCCUUUGUAGCUUUUACCUUCUACACCAAAGCCACCUCAAACAUUUGAUGGGGGGGCUGAUGGAAAAUGAAAUAUUAAUUUUGCCUGGUCUUAAUAUCUAACAAAGAUGGUGCAAACACUAUUUGACAGUGUUGUUUUUGUAUCAAGAUGUAUGUGCAGUAAUGAAUGUAUUUAUUUCUCAGAUUCUGUAUGCACAGUUUUGCAAUGUAAUUCAGAAAGUUGCAAACACAAAGAUGUGUCUGCAGGGUCUACUCUACAGGAUUUCAAAAAAAUGAAAAAAAAAAUAUAUUAAAAAAAAAAAAAAAAAAAAAAAAAAGAA